AUGGUCGGUAAUGUUUUCCCCCCUAUAACCCCAACUCUACUCCCAAGUGAUGUUCUUCCGAAUUUAACCCCAACUCUACUCCCAAGAGAUGUUCUCCCGACUAUAACCCCAGUUAUAGUCCCAACGAGAAUAGUUCCUGAACUUCUUACAGAAGGCAACUAUGCAAAUUGGAGAACUUGUAUACAAUGGUAUUUGAUGGGUCAAGAUCUUUUGGAAGUUUGCAGGAUUAAAGACAUUCCUGAUAAAGAACGACAUCCAGAGGAAUUUUCAGUUUGGGAAAAGAAGAAUGCCAUGGCUUUACAUGCUAUUCAAAUUUCAUGCAGUCGAGAGAUGCUUUCUCAGAUUAGGGACAAAAUGCUUGCAAGUGAGGCGUGGGACUUUUUGAUGCAAAUUUCCUACCCAAUCAUCGACUUCGUCAUAGAAGAACAAGCUGAUGCCCCAGCUCCAGCAGGGAACCCUGACUUCUCUCAGUAUGAGAAGUUUGAGCAGGCAUUGGACCGUGGUAGCUGGAACGAUAUCGAAUCCUUCCUUAAUUCAAAUCCGGAUGCAAUGAGAGCAAGGAUUUCGCCAACAGGCCAGACCCCGCUUCAUGUCGCAGCUCUUGCUGGACAUGUAAAGGUUGUGGAGAAGUUGGUGGACAAACUGAAUCCAGAAGACUUAGAACAAGAAGAGGAUGUGCAAGGGUGCACGCCGCUUGCUUUAGCUGUAUCAGUUGGAAUAACUGAAAUAGCGCAGUCCAUGAUUAGAAAGAACAGGACAUUGGCCAACAUUUUAGAUGGAUAUAAAAUACUCCCAGUUGUGAUUGCUUGUAAUCGAGGCAAAAGAGAAAUGACACGUUUUCUCUACUCUCACACUGGACCAGAGGAGCUAGCUCCAGAAAAAGGCAAAAAUGGUGCAACACUUCUUAGUUAUUGUAUUGCUUCCAAAUUCUUAGGUAGGGGACAAUGA